AUGGAAAAGAAAACCCAGGACAGCAGAAAAGGUGCCCCCCACAGAGCAGUGCCCCCAGCUGUGGGGCUGCUCUUCUCCAUGGCCCUCAUGAACACGCUCCUCUACUUCUGCCUUGAUUGGUUUUUCAUCUCCCGUCCACGCUCUGCUCCCAGCUCUGCUCACUGUCCCCACGGACACUUCAGAAUGGGACAGAUGAAAAACUGUUCACCGUGGCUGUCCUGCGAGGAGCUGAGGACCGAAGUGAGGCAGUUGAAGCGUGUUGGAGAAGGAGCUGUGAAGAGAGUCUUUCUGUCUGAGUGGAAGGAACGCAAAGUCGCGCUGUCACGGCUCACCAGUCUGGAGAUGAAAGAUGACUUCCUGCAUGGGCUGCGGAUGCUGAAAACCCUGCAGAGUAAACAUGUUGUCACCUUGCUUGGAUACUGUGAGGAGGACAACACUAUUCUUACCGAAUAUCACCCCUUAGGUUCCUUGAGCAAUCUGGAAGAAACGCUCAACCUUUCCAAGUACCACAGUGUGAACACGUGGCAGCACAGGCUGCAGCUGGCCAUGAAUUACGUGGCCAUCAUCCACUACCUGCACCACAGCCCCCUGGGUACCCUGGUCAUGUGCGAUUCCAGUGACCUGCCCAAGACCUUGUCCCAGUAUCUGCUGACGAGCAACUUCAGCAUUGUGGUAAACGACCUGGACGCCUUGCCCCUGGUGAACCACAGCUCAAGGACGUUUGUGAAGUGUGGCCACAGGGAGCUUCACGGGGACUUUGUGGCUCCAGAGCAGCUGUGGCCCUAUGGAGAAGACAUGCCUUUUGACGAUGAUCUCAUGCCGUCAUAUGAUGAGAAGAUCGACAUCUGGAAGAUUCCAGAUGUCUCUAGUUUCCUUUUGGGGCACGUUGAAGGAAGUGAUAUGGUCCGAUUUCAUUUGUUUGAUAUUCAUAAGGCAUGUAAGAGCCAGACUCCUGCAGAAAGACCCACUGCUCAGGAAAUUCUAGACACUUAUGAGAAGGUUUUGAAUCUGCUCAGAGAAACUGUGAUGUCCCAGACAAGAGAAAUGCUAUGA